CAGAAAUGGCGCAAAGAGUUUGACGGCGCAAUUGGUCAAAGACAUGGUGACGGUCUACCCACCUGACGGCCCAUUUGUCACAGCUCUCACCUCGAUUGCCUCCGCCUGGAAUUCCAAGGACUUGCUCCUGGAGGAAGUUCACACAUACCUCAACGGUGAUGAUGAGAACAAGGAAGCAUUCGCAGCCGUUAUCGCCAAGGGUGUGCAGGAGAUGGUUGAGAAGCAGGCGCGCAUUCAGGUGAACAUAGAGGCGUCUCAACGCAGGAAGGCCGAGAAGGAGCAGGUGCGGGCCGCGCAGCGUGAGGAAAACCGUCGUAUCAAGGCUGGGAAGCACCAGGCGCGGAUUGAGGCAUCUCGUCUCGCGAAGGCGAAGGCGAAGGCCUGUGAGGAGGACUCGGCUGAGGCGCAUUAGGUGGUCCUUCUACCCCUGCCCUCUGCAGACUCUCAUGACCUUCGAGAUUGAGCAGUACUCCUGUUGUUUUCACCAGCCACUAGAGUAUGAGACUGAUUGAAUUUUGAGUGAUUCGGUUGGGGAGGUUUGCGACUUUGACUUUUUUGAUAUUCGAUGAUUCUUUUACCUGAGUAUUUCAUGGAAUGACAAGCUUCUUGACGACACCGGAUUUAAGAGUCGCCAACCGAGCAAUAUAGUUGAAGACUAGCCACUGCGAAGGUUGAUAUAAAAGACCGAGAAAACACAAAAAAAAAAAAAAAA